AUGGCGUCGUCAUCGUCCUCCUAUCUGAACGCUCUCUUGAACCGCGACCCAAGUCCGGGAAAGGGUUCCAAUCCUGCAAGGAGCGCGCCUUCUUUGGCCGUUCGGAACGUGACCACGGACGAAGUUUCCGUCCAAGGGGCUCGGAAGAGUGCUUCCGAAGGCGCUCAGAUGUACCUGACGCCUUUAGCCCCCGGUCGCAAACCGAGCCCCCCCCGUUCCCGGGCGUCCAGCCACCUUCCUGACUCGGUCCCAAUCACCCCGACAAAAGGGAGCCGCCCAUCGUUGUCGACCUCAAACAUCGAGCAGGGUAGCGACGACGAAAGCCAGCUCGAUGUCGUUAUUCGUGGUGAUAACGGCAAAGAGUACGCUGUUCUUGCACCGCCUGGGGGGUCGGCGAUUGUCACGGAGGAUGUGCUGUCGGUGAAACUGUUCGGUGCGGACUUUGUGGGCAGUGUCACAUUGCGUCGGGAGAAUGGUAGAGCGGACGAAUCAACGGAGUGGCUCGACGGGCGCUUCGUGUAUUGCCUGAGCCCAGGAUGCUACUUAGCGGAGGGCAUCCGCAGCGCCCGAGCUGUAAACCGUUCGUCCGGCUCUCUAGAAGAUUCGACGCGCAGGCGGUUGAGUGUUGGCACGUCAGGUAUCCAGGGGCGAACGAGAUGCUCGCAGGCGGCAAGCGUCAGUGUCAAGUCGAAAGGGGGCCUUUUGGACACUCUAGCUCGUAGGCAAAGCGGGGGCUCGCUCCUCACUGGUGCGAAAAGCAGGACAACCUUACAGCUGGACUCUCGUGCAAGCAGCGGCCGGGCGAGAACCAGCGCGAGGGCUAGAGAAGAAGAAGUGGAAUCCGUGUUUAAGGUCCCUAAAGAUAAGGAGGCGGGAAUUUGUCACACAGGACAGGAAGCAGAGAGAAGGCAGUCGUACAGAGUAGGAGAUGAAAUUAAGUCUGCAGUACGGUUCAGGGACGGCGAGGUGGAGAAAGCGUUGAAAGCUGCGGUAGAGAAGGGUGAAGACUUGGCGGAGCUAAUUGAGAAGAUUCGGCCGUUGACGGACAUGGGAAAGGCGAGGCAGUUGCUCGAGCUUGGUCGAGCCGCUCGGAGAAAUUCCGGGAGCGACUUCUCCCAGAAGUAUGGAGAGUUGGACUUCAUGGCUCGCUCGCCGCUCAAGCUUAUACAGCACGUGUUGCUGCCGGAGCAGGUUCCGAAAGGAAGCGGCCAAGUACCAUGCACAUUCAUGAUGAGCGUUGAGGGGAUGGGAUCAGGGCUUGGUACAGCCAUGAGGAUGUCCGUUCCUGGAAAGGACUUGUACGGGGAGGUGGCGUACGUCGACAGUCAAAAAGUGUCGGAUUCUCCAACGGAGUACCUUAUGCGAUUGUCGACCUACUCACCGGUGGAAAAGAGGAUGCUAACAGUGUGUUCUGCGUUGCUUCCUUCGGAGAGCACGGAGUGCACGAAAGAGUUCUGCCACCACCUCAAGAACUGGUACGACGCGAAACUCGGAGACGGCCAACUGUGGAGAGAAGCAAAGAAUUGGUCUGAUUUCUGGUUUCACAGAGAGGCGAUGGAGGACGAGAUGAGGCUGGCCGGGUUCAUUAACCCGACGGCGAACCUCGCCGAAGUCGACAACGCGGCGUUCUGGACGAGAGAGGGUGGGAAAGGAGGAGGCUAUUUGAGCACGGGUCAGGUGGUGAAGAAUCAGGCGAAGCAAGCGCUGAUCCAGAUUGCGCAGAGGAUGGAGUUUGAAAGGGCGGGUGUGGUGGGCGGAGGCCCGAGCCUGGGGGAGCUGGAAAUGCGUUCGGAGUCUCGGAAGAGAAGUUUCGAGAGAGCGAGAGGAGGCGGUGAGGGUCUUGAAGUGGAAGAGGAGGAAGGAGAGAGGGAAAGAAAAAGGCGGCGAAGGCAGAGUCUGGGAGUGGGGUAUGGAGGACCGUCGACAUCGAUUCGGAAAGGUGGAGUUGAAGGAGGGGAGCUUACAGAGAGCAGCACACAUCGGCAUGAUCAGAGAAGAGUGGAAAAGUGGCCAAGGGGAUGGGAGUAUAGGUCGGGAGGGAAAGUUGAUCUGAAUGAAACACCGGAGGACGAGAGUUGUUUCCUGGUGACGGUGGACGAGGUGGAAGAGCAAAGGAGGUUGUGGGACGAAGCGAAGAAGAAGGGUAGUGCGAGAAGACAAGAGGAGCAGGAGUUGGACAGAAGAGGGGGUGGAGCGGGGCCUUGGAUGCAAAGAGAAGGAGAGAUUGAAAAGGAAGCGGAAGUGGAUGAAGGGGUGGGGCAAAAAAAAGGAGAGGAGGAGCUGAAACUGGUUGGAGAGGAAAGGUAUGCGCUGAGUGAUUGGGUGGUUGCGAGACUGGAUGUGGACGAUGGAGCUGCAUGUGUCGGAGCAGUCACGGCAAGAGAGCCGUGCGGGGUGAAGGACUUUUCGAAGGAAAGGUUGACGCCCACGUCUGGACCAUUGGUGUUCAUCAAGCAUGGUCUUAGAAAAUUCUACACGAAGGAUGCGGGAAGGUCGAUCGACACGGGACUGGUGUUUGUGUCGAGGUUGAAAAUGUGCGCGGGAGGGGCUUGCACCAUGCUGAACGGAUCGUGCGCCGACUCGGAGAAGUCCCCGGAUUUGGGCAAAGUGUUCGGAGUUGCGGCGGGUUCGAAUUUAACACGGGAAGAGGUAGAGGAAUUGGGUCGAAGGGGAGUGAUGGUGGAUGCGACGAUGGUUGUGGACAUUGAGAAAGGGGCUCCGAGGCUUCCGUUGACGGGAGCUACGUUGAAUGGGCAGUCGAGGCAUAGAGGGAAACCAUCGUCGACCGAAGAGUCGAGGAGAGCAUUGGCAAGAGUGGAGGAAGAGAGGCUUAGAGAGGUGGAGGAGAGGAGGAGGCAGAGGGAGAGCGUGCGAGAGGAGAAGGAAGAGAGAACGGCGAGGCCGAAGGUGCGAAACGGAAGGCAGCCGCCACCAAUUCUCUGUAUGAAGAUGGGAUCCUCAAAGUCCUCCACCACUCUGCUCUUCUUCCUGCUGGCGGGAAUGUGCCUUUUGAGCAACACUGCCAUACCAGUCUCUGCCGAUGAGGUAGUUACGAGUACUGUGGCUAGCCACAGAAAGCUUCACCAGAUGGCACCACAGCCGGCGCCGGCACCAGCAGCACCGCGCCCGUACUACGCAACCAUCCUGACGAUUCUCGGCCCCGUGCGGACUGUGCUCCCCACCUUGGAAGUGCCCCUGCUGCUGCGCGUGACGGGAGCGAUCGACAUUGCUCUGUACGAGGCCUGGGUUGCGUACACGCCGAAUUCUCUGGGACUCUUCUUGGGAAGCAAACUCCGGCGACCGUCUUCCGAGUUUACGGACGAGAACAAAAACCUGGCAUGCGUGUACUCCGUUUUCCGAGUCCUGCAGAGCCUCUUCCCACAAGGAGCGAAAGUUGCUUCUGCUGGGAUGACUGCUGCCGGCCUGGACCCCAACAAUACUAGCACAGAUCCGACAUCGCCUGUUGGCGUGGGAAACUUGGCGGCCGCUGCUGUCACAGCAUACUUGCUACAGGACGGCUUCAACCAAGCGGGGUCCCUUCCUGGCCAAGUGGGCAGUUUCCGCAGCAACUACUCAGACUACACGGGAAACGUUCCCGUGAACACGGCUCACGAACUAAAAGACCCAACGAGGUGGCAGCCUCUGGUCGACGCGCGUUUCGGCCUCGGGUUCUUCGUCGAACAGCAGCACCUGACUCCGCAGGGGGGCCACGUCACGCCCUUUUCGUACAGCAGAGCGUCCAAUUUUUCGGUCCCCCCGCCCGUUGCCAGCCAAAACGCGAGCGCCCCCGCUUACAAGGAUCAGGCUGACGAAGUCCUUGCGGCUUCCCGGAACCUCACUGAUGCCCAGAAGAUGACGGUGGAGCACUUCGACAACAAGCUGCUCUCCCUGGGCUUCGACUCGGUACUCUACCUGGGGCCCAAGUAUGGCAAGGACAACCUCGACGACUUCAUCAAAAUCACAGCCCUAACGGGCCUCACGCUGACGGAUGCUUUAAUCGCGGUCUGGUACCAGAAGACCAAGUACGAUAGCGUACGGCCGACCACCGCCAUAAGGUAUCUGUACCAGAACGAGUUUGUCACUGCCUGGGGGGGUCCGGGCCUUGGACCUACUCAGGUGAACGGGUCCGAGUGGCAGUCGUACCUGCGCACGCAGGCCCACUCCGACUACACCUCCGGCUCCGCGUGCUUCUGCGCGGCCGUCGCCGCGAGCGCGCGCGCGUUCUACGGCUCCGACGCGCUGGGGACGCCGUACGCAAAACCCGCCGGUUCUUCCGCCGUCGAGCCGGGGAUCACCCCCGGGCAGAACCUCACGCUGAGCUGGGCCACGUGGAGCGACUGGGCGGCGGCAUGUGGCCAAAGCCGGCUGCAGGGGGGGGUGCAUUUCCAGGCGGCGAUCACGGAGAGCCGGAACCUGUGCGCCCCGAUCGGGCAGCUGGUGUAUGACAAGUUCAUGACGUAUGUCAACGGCACCGCACCUGACAUGGCAUGA